UCUUCAACUUAUAAGCUUCACUAGUUGUUAAUAUACAUUCUUUGUUCUCUCUCUCUUUCUCUUGUUUUUUCUCCUCCAUUGAAUUUGGCUUCACCAAAAUCAGUGAACCUGAGAUUCUUUUGUGGGCAUUCUUCCAAGGAAUUAUUUGUGGUUCUUGCUCUCACAUUUAAAUUUUCUUAGACUCUUCUUCUUUAUAGAGUUGAAGUUCAAUUCAUUGGCUUUCAUGGAGCUCGUUCGUGGAUUGUUAAUUAUUGGGAUAUCAAUGAUUAUUCUGCUAGAGAAUUCAAGUAAUGUAGUAGGAAGAUACCAUUAUCACAAGCCAAAGAACAAGUCUUCAAAACAUGCAGGGACCGGGUCCCCUGUUUCUCCAUCCCCUGAUAAUGCCCCUGAUCCUGAAGAUCCCUCUGUUCCUUCUUCCCCUGUUAAUCCUCCUCAGGUUCCAUCAGACCCUUACCCCAAUGAUCCUGGCAACAACUCUACCUCAGACUGCAUUUUCGACGUAACAUCUUACGGUGCAGUCGGUGAUGGUUCCACUGAUGACACUGCCGCUUUCAGGGAAGCUUGGAAAGCUGCCUGCGCAGUGGAAUCAGGGGUUAUUCUGGCUCCUUCAGGCUAUGUCUUUAUGAUCACUUCAACUAUUUUUACAGGGCCUUGCAAGCCAGGACUUGUUUUUCAGAUUGAUGGGUGCCUAAUGCCACCAGAUGGACCAGAUUCAUGGCCAAAAGCAGAUAGCCAAAAGCAGUGGCUAGUUUUUUAUAGACUUGAUGGUAUGACUCUCACUGGAAAAGGAACUAUUGAAGGCAAUGGAGACAAGUGGUGGGAUCUCCCCUGCAAACCUCACAGGGGUCCUAAUGGAGGUUCCUCGAAAGGACCAUGUGACAGCCCAGCACUAAUUAGGUUCUUCAUGAGCUCCAAUCUAGAAGUCAGUGGCUUAAGGAUUCAAAACAGCCCCCAAUUCCACAUGAAAUUCGACGGCUGCGAAGGAGUUCUAAUAAAUCAGCUGUCUAUAUCUUCUCCUAAGCUUAGCCCCAACACAGAUGGAAUCCAUAUAGAAAAUACAAAGACAGUUGGAAUAUACAACUCUUUCAUUAGCAAUGGUGAUGAUUGCAUAUCAAUUGGCACUGGAUGCUCCAAUGUUGACAUAGAAGGUGUAACCUGCGGGCCUAGUCACGGGAUUAGUAUCGGGAGCCUAGGAGUACACAAUUCCCAGGCAUGUGUUUCCAACAUAACAGUGAGCAACGCAAUUAUAAGAGAUUCAGAUAAUGGAGUUAGGAUCAAGACAUGGCAAGGCGGGACGGGGUGUGUCUCAGGCAUAUCUUUUCAGAACAUUCAAAUGGAGAAUGUUAGAAACUGCAUGAUCAUAGACCAAUACUACUGCUUAUCAAAGGGUUGUCUAAAUCAGACCUCAGCUGUCUUUGUAACAGAUGUUUCAUACAAGAAUAUUAAGGGCACGUACGAUGUUAGAACCCCACCAAUCCAUUUUGCUUGCAGCGACACUGUACCCUGCACUAACAUAACUUUAUCAGAAGUUGAGCUUUUACCAGAAGAAGGGGAACUAGUGGAUGAUCCAUUUUGCUGGAAUGCUUAUGGGAUUGAAGAAACAGUUACUAUACCUCCUUUAGAGUGCUUAAGAGAUGGGGAGCCUGAAAGUGUGCAAGAGGUCGCUGCUUAUGGUUGCUAAAAUUAUUAAUGUUAUAUGUUGAUAAUGGUUUUAUAUUUACUUACUAUAGAAUACUUAAUUAGCAUCCAUCCCUAUUAGGGUUUUUCUCCCCCUAUUGUGUGAUGAAAUUGUAGGGGUCUAUUUUUUUGGCCCUAUAUAUUAUAUUGUAAUAGGCGGUCCAAUAUUUACUUGUAUGAUUAUUACAAAUUUUUAUUAGUGGUUUCCAAUUUUUAUGCUA